AUGAAUAGGAGAACAUUUCUUGUUCAUUUAACUUUUAUUAAUUCCUACUUAUCUUCACGCUCACUUUCUUCGCUUCCUGGGUUAAACGUUUAUACUUUCCAUAAAAAAUUCAAAUCUUUCUCAAAUACCCACAAUAAUGGUUUUAAAAAUAUUGACUUUCAAUCUCGUUUUUUCUCAAACUCGCGAAACAUAAAUGUUGCAAAUUCACAAUUACAAAAACCUCGUAUUAAUGGAGAGAUUGAACAUGCAUUUAUUAAGCUUGUUGAUGUAGAUGGUAAAUUACAGGGCGUUAAAAAAUUAGAAACUGUAUUACAAACCUUUGACAAGAAUGUAUUAAUGUUAGUAGAAGUAGAUAGAAGGGUGAAUCCACCAGUAUGUAAAUUGAUGCCGAAAAAAACUUUUUAUAAAAAGAAAAAGGAAGCGAAGGAAAGAGAAAAGGAAAGACCAGUAAAGCCGAAUACUAAGGAAUUACAAAUUCAUUGGAAAGUAGAAGAAAAAGAUUUACGUUUUAUGCUUAAACGGGCGAAAGAAUGGUUGAAUAAAAGAUAUAAUGUAUCAAUUACUAUUUCAUAUAAAGGAUUACAAAAAAAGAGAUGGGAACAAAACAAAAGUUUAUUAGAUACUAUUUAUAAUGAAUUAACGCCAUAUACGAAAGAGAUCAAAGAACCUAAAUGGAUUGGCACAACAGUUCAUGCAGAUAUGGUAGGUAAAGGAAUAAAUGAUUCGAGUGAUGAUGAUCUCAAAGAAAAGAGAAUAUUGAGACCUACUAUGAACAGUGAGGAGAAAUCACCACUAUUACCGUCGAGAUCUCCGAUAGGUAGAGAAAAUUUAGAUUGGAAGAAAAGAGAACGACCAUUAAAAAUAUCACAACCAUCAAUAAGCGAGGAACAAAGACCAUUAAUAAGCAGAGACAAAAUAGAUCGUAUAGGUGACUCAAGAUCACCAUCAAAACAACUAAUGGGCAGAGACAAUUCAGAGUGGAUGAGUGAUGAAAGGCCACCAUCAAGACAACUAAUGAGUAGAGAUAAUUUAGAGCGAAUGAGUGAUGAAAGGCCACCAAUAAGAUCAUCAUUAAUGGGUAGAGAAAAUUUGAACGAAAGACCACCACUUAGAUCAACACUUAGACCAACACUAAUGGACAGAGGAAAUAUGGGAGAAAGACCACCAUUAAUUAGCAGGGAAAAUAUUGACGAAAGGUUAUCACUAAUGGGCAGAGAAAAUAGAGAAAAUAUGGAACGAAUGGAUUUUGAAUAA